AUGGCUUUACCAAUUGCAGACAUCAUCCUUAGAGGGUUCAAUACCGCCUUCCUUAUAAUUGUCCUUGGGUUGACCGGGUCUUUGAUUGAAGGUCAACAAAGCUCCCACGCCAGAGUCAACAUGGCGCUUUUCGCUUCAGUCUUUGGUAUUGUGUUCUCCUCGUUUUAUGCAGUGCUUGCCGCCUUUGUUUCGGUGUUUGCCUGGCCAAUCUUGUUGUUUAUUGCUGACUUUUUGAACUUUGUCUUCACUUUUUCUGCCGCCACUGCUUUGGCUGUUGGUAUCAGAUGUCAUUCAUGUACCAACCAAUCUUACUUGAACAGCAAUGCCAUUAUUGAAGGGUCCGAAGAUAGAUGUAGAAAGUCCCAAGCCUCAGUUGCCUUUUUGUAUUUCAGUUUCUUCAUUUUCCUUGUCAACUUGGUGAUGUCUACUUUUACUCUUGUUAACGGCGGUGCCUUUGGCUUCGGGGUUACCGGAAGAGGUUCCACAAAAGGCGGUCUUCCAAGUGUCUCUCAAGUUUGA